CUCUCUCUCUCUCUCUCUCUCUCCCUCUUUGAGUCAAAAGGCUAUAAAAUCACACGCCAAUUCCUCGCAAGGGCUGGCCUUUAUGUUGCAGCAAUACAAAAAUCACACGCCAAUUCCUCGCAAGGGCAGGCUGCGUUGGAUCAAUUUACCUGAUCUCAAACGUGGCAAUUUCAUUGAAGAUGAGCUCAUCAUCAAACUCCAUAGCCUCCUCGGAAACAAGUAAGCCCAACAAAUUAUAUGCUCUGUUUUUUGGAACAGAGUUUUUGAGUUGUUUAACGUGAAUGGGUUUUGUUUGGAUUAUGUUACAUAUGGUCGUUGAUAGUUGGAAGACUACCUGGAAGAACAGAUAAUGAGAUAAAGAACUACUGGAACACCCACAUGAGAAGGAAGCUUCCAAAUUUAUCCUCAUUUUUGACAGAAAAUUGAAUAGAGUUUGACGGAAGGACUAAUGGUGUAACAAAACACUUACUUGAGUGACCUCUGCAACUAAUAUUUGAGUUGGUGGUGACCAAAAUGUAACUUCGGGUGUAGUUGAUGGACCAUUGCUACGAAUAACCCUAUCAAAUAUGAGGCUUUCUUGUAGGAAAUUUUUUUUUUCUUUUUGAGUGCAAGAGAUAUUGGAGAAAGAGGAUUUGAACUCACAACUAAAUGCUCUUAAUCACUUAACCUAUACGCUCCUUGCAACAAAUUAUUUCUCAAUAAAUAGAUGUUUGGUGGAGAUUGACAUAAACAUAAGAUGUGGUACAAUCUGCCAAUGAGAAAAAAUUAAAAAGGAAAAAACUUAGGUGAACUACAAAACUUUACUAUGGGCUACAUAAAUAAGCCCAAAAAUAGGGCUUGGGCUUCAUCGUUCAAUUUCCUACAAUUUCAAGUUCAAUACAAAUGGUAAUGUUGCAAUUCCAAGCAGCUCGCAAGGGCAAAUCCGUCACUGAGAAUUAAGCAACUACCACCACUGCGCUCUACAGCUUUGCCCAACCGUACCGUUAGAGCCUAACCGCAAGAACAUACUAACCAAUCAUGCACGACCACGUGUCUACUUAUCAUUGGAACAGCAUGCCCAGCCCUCCGAUAUAAACCCGUCCCGUCACACUCGACUCACACAUUUCACAAAGCUUUUCCAUCAAAACUUUCCCGCCCUUUACACAGAGAGAGAGAGAGAGAGAGAGAGAGAGAGAGAGAGAUUUCAAUGGAGGCGAGUGUAGCUGUUGUUGCAGAGGAGCUCAAGGCCAUGGAGAUAGCGAACGACAAGAAGCCUGUUGUUGUUGGCGAUGAUGGUGGCGAGGCCAAGAACGCUGCUACUGCUGAUAUCGCUGCUACUGCUGCUGAGUCUCAGAAGAAGACGAAGAAGAUGAACAAGAACCGAAUUCAUGUUUCCAACUCCAAGCGACCUUUCCUCUUCUACUGCAAUCUUGCCAAGAGGUACAUCAAGCAGUACAAUUCUGUUGAGCUCUUUGCCUUGGGCAUGGCUAUUCCUACUGUGAUCACAAUUGCUGAGACUCUCAAAAGGAAUGGACUGGCUGUUGAAAAGAAGAUAAGCACCUGUACUAUUGUCUCAAAGCUGGUGGAUGUUGAAAAUGGACGGAUUGUUCUCAAGGCUCAGAUUGCGAUUUUGCUGGAAAAAGCUGAGAAUAUAGAGGAGACCGCUGUUGCUGCAGCAUGAAGGCAUUGACUCAGAAAUUGAUUCCAUCUUUGGAUUUCAGAAAUUUCUUUUUUCAGUAAAGUUUGAGUUUGAGACAUAUGAUGAUGCAUAUGAGAUAGAUGAGAGAAACAAGAUUAGUCCUUUGCUUCACAAUGCAUGUUUUCUUACAUGCUCGUUGCUUUAUAGUCCCGUGUCCUGAGAUCAAAUCUACUGUUGACAAUAAAUAA